AUGUGCCCCGUCCCCGUCUCCGUCUCCGGCUCCGGCGGCGACAACAGAGAUUCCGAUCUCGCGAAGCUUCGCGCGUCGAGGGCCGCCGUCGCCAAGGUUCUAGAGACUGCGGGCGAGGCCGAGGCCGCCAUCGACGCGGCCGGCGACCGCAUCGGCGAGCUCCUGUCCAGCGCGUCCCGCUCCUCGGCGUCCGGGCUCCAGUCCAAGGCCGUGGCGGCACGCGCCCUGGCCGCGCGCAUCGACCGCGCCGUCGCGCCCUCUGCGCCGCUCCUCGCCGCGCUCCGCCGCGUGUCCUCCCUCGCGCGGGACACGGCCCACGAUGCCGAUGCCGGCGCCGGGAGCGCGUUCGUGGAGCGCGUGGACCGGCUGCGCGACGCCAUCGAGGACGCCGUGGCGCGCGGGGACGAGGCCGUGAGGAAGGUGGAGGAGGCGGUGGGCUUCCUGGGCCGGACCGGCAGCUCCAAGGCCGCGGGCCGCGGCCGCGUGCGCCGGCUCACCGAGGCCGCCUCGGCCCUGCGGGCCGUGUACGAGGCCGAGGCCGAGCAGAUGCGCUUCGAAGGCCCACUCGACGACGCCCUCCUCCGGCUCCAGGAUCUCUUCGAGGCCCUUCUCCUCAAACUCAAACACGCCGUGCCCAACGAGGAAGAAGAAGGGUUAAUGGAGAUUGAGGAGGAGUGUGAGCUUGGGACGGAGGAGGAAGUGGACGCGCUGGCGCGGAUGGCGAGGACGCUGGCGGCGAACGACUGCCUGGACAUCUGCGUCGACAUCUACGUGAAGGCCAGGUACAGGCGGGCCGCCAAGGCCAUGAUGCGGCUGGACCCGGCGUACCUCAAGGCGUACACGGCGGAGGCCAUUGAUGCGAUGGAGUGGGAGGCGCUGGAGUCCGCCAUGGCGCUGUGGAGCCCGCACUUCCACGUCGCCGUCGCCUCCGUGCUCUCCGCCGAGCGCCGCCUCUGCGAGCGCGUCAUGGGCGGCGGCGGCGGGGACGGGGUCAUCAUCCCGCCGGCGGUGUGGCCCGAGUGCUUCGCCAAGAUCGCCGCCCGCAUCGCCGCCGCCUUCUUCCGCUUCGCGGACGGCGUGGCGGCGGCGGCGAGGGAGCCGCAGCGGCUGUUCAAGCUGCUCGACAUGGCGGACGCCGUGGCGAGGGAGGGGGGACGCCUCGACGGGCUCUUCUCCUCCGAGCCGGAGACGACGGCGACGCUGGCCGCCAUCCGCGAGCGCGCAAGCGAGGUGGGGACCGCCCUGGCCCGCGCCGCCGCCGCCGUGUUCUACGAGUUCGGCCUCCGCGUCGAGACCCACAACGCCGUCUCCGUCUCCGGCUCCGGCGCGGACGUGCCCAAGAUCGUCCGCUACGCCGUGAACUACCUCAAGUGCCUGGCGUCGGACGACUACCGCGCGCUCAUGGACGCCGCCCUCCGCGCCGGCGCCGGAGACGAAGACCGGCCGGCGCUGGCGGAGGCGGCGGCGAGCGUGCUGGAAGCGCUCCACCGGCACGUGGAGGCGGCGCGGCGGGCGUUGAUGGCGGAGGAGGAUCCCGUAGCGGGGCACGUGAUGGCCAUGAACGCUUACUGGUACAUUUACAUGCGCGCCCGGGGCACGGACCUGGCGCGUCUGGUGGGCGAGGACGCCAUGAAGCGCCGCUACAAGAGCUCGGCCGAGGAGGCCGCGUGGGAGUACCAGGACGCCGCCUGGACCCCGCUCGUCCGCAUCCUCACCGGUGGCAGCUCGGAGGCGAGGGAGAAGGCGGCGGCGUUCGCGGCGGGGCUGGAGGAGAGGGCGCGGAGGCACGGGAAGCAGUACAAGAUCCCCGACGCGGACCUCCGGGCGCAGAUCCGGGUGGCUGUGACCAAGGCCGUGCGCGGCGCGUACGCCGGCUUCGUGAAGGCAAACGAGAAGGUAGAGGUGUUGUUGGCCGUGGAUGUCAUCGAGAGGAAGGUGGGGAAGGUGUUCGACGAAAUGGGUGAUGGCGGCGUGGGCUUGGGCGUGGGCCGGGCGAGGAGCGGCGGCGGCCGGGGACGAAGGGAGUCCAGGGGGAGCGGCAAUCUCGAGGGGUUCGAUCGAGAGAUUAACUGAAGUGAAGUCAGCCAGGGCGCAAAUGCCAUGGAUUGCAAGCGACUGGAUCGGCAAGAUGCAGUUCAAUUCAGCGUGGAACAGAACACACAAGACGUCUUCAUCUCGUAGCAUAUUACUCUGUCUCUCAAAAAUAGAUUUUCCUGAAUGUAAAGAGAUCUUUGCAAUCUUUGUUGUAUUGUGAAUAACCUGUUUAGCUUUACCGCUGCUGCAAUAUUGUGAACUGGAUCAUGGAAAAUUGAAGAUGUGUGAUUAACGAGAUAGAUUAUGCGGCUAAAUUUAUGUGCGCAGAAGAAGAGAUUGUGUGGAGGAAAA